UUAGGUGUAGAUUGCAAAAGGAAGAGAAGAGAUAUAUGAUAUGACAUGAGGGGAAGAGUCUUAAGAGAGAUACAGAAAGAAAAAUGGGAUGUAUAUAUAUCUGGUGUUAGUACUUAGUACUCUUUAGGUGUCUAGGAAUUUUGUUGUCUUGCCACUGUAUUUUAUGCUAUCCUACUGAUUCUUUAAAAUAUUAUGAUGUACGUGUGGGAACCCUUAUAUGAUUGAUUCUCCAGUCAAAAUUAGAAGUUUAUGCGAGUAAGUUUUUGAGAUUCAGAAGGGUAAGAGAAGCUGAUUCUAUAGGUGUCAUAAUUACUUUAUGAAUAAUAACCCUUGCACACUUAUUACAUCUAUACUUUAUGAGAGAGAUAGAGAUAGAUUAGAGAGAAAUUAGAGAUAGAGAUAGAUUAGAGAGAAAUUAGAGAUAUCAUAGAUGGUGUGAUAAAAAAAAGAAGAGAUAGAUAGGAAGAGAAAGUGAGUGGAAUUGAGAUGGAAGAUAAAUUGAUGUGUGAAUGAAUUAUAUCUCUUACUCUAUAUAACAUAUCAUUGAACUCAUUUCUUUCCUCAAUUGUACUUUGACUUGUAUCGUUUAUUGCUACCCAACUUUAGAACCCCCAAAAGAGAUCAAGUUAGAGGAACUUGUGUCUUUACCCUCCAGAAGCUGACACUGCUGGUGGACCCUCAUCAUGACCUUUGUGGUGGAAUCACUCACGGGUAGUUCAUUCUCUUGGACUUAUUGGCCAUAGAUUUCAUUUCAAAAGCUGGGAAAAAACGAAAUAAUCAAAGCUAAGAAGUGUCCUUUCUCAUUCACGAAUAAGAUCAGUUUCUUUCUAUUCUAUCAAUACAGUGCAUUUUAAGAAUACAUGGCAUGCCUUUCUUUUAAAGCUCCUUCUAGCCACAAAGAUGAACUCCAUCACAAUCAUACAUAGGAAUAGAUGGGCACAACUUGGUAUGAGUAAGUGAAUAUCAUAGGGGCAACCAUAGUUUGAUCUAAUAGAAAAGCAACUUUUUCUUGCUUUUACUCAAACCUUGGUUUAAGACUUAACAUCAUAUUCAAAUGCAUAUCAUUGUGAUUUUGCCAAACAUAUUUGUGGACUAUACUUAGGCCCCCGCUCAAAACAGUUUAUCUUAUAACAAACGCUUAUACAAAUGUUUGCAAGAACUUGUGUAAGUAUUUUGUGGAGUAAAUAGCCAUUCUGGUCCUUGAAUGUGUUCACUUGUAAUGAAGUGGUCCUCAGCUUUUGAAAAUGGGCUUUUUUCAUCCCUGAAUGUGUUGCCAUCGGUCAAGUUGGUCCUUGGCUCAGUUUUCCGUUAGUCCCUCAGACGGAAAACACCACAUGUCACGUUUUUUUACACGUUGGCAUCCUAGUUGGCUCUCCAACGGUCAGAAUGAAAGUUUCUAACCCGUCAAUUUAGUCCUCAUCAUUGAAUCUACAUAAUCACCCCCAAUUCUUAACCCUGGAGCCCCAAAUCAGAAACCCUAGUUCUUCAAACCUACAAUUGGCUUCUUCAAUUCUCUCAAUCGUGAAAUCACUACCUCUCGUUGUCGAUUCUCAUCCAUUAACAUGACAGUGGGCUCUAAUUCUCGUGGUGGUCAGAGGUCAGGGCCGACAUAUCGUGAAGGUGGAAGUGCUUCUGUGAAUGGCAGAGUUGUGCGCUGCAAAUGUGGCGUCGAAGCAAAAGUGAGGAUCUCUAGAACAAAUUUGAACCCAGGUAAACCUUGGUAUGGUUGUCAUCUACCAAAGAAUCAUCCUCAAAAUUGCAAUUAUUUCCUCUGGGUUAGAGAUGAAGAAGAUGGAAUUACAGAAGUAACUAGCUCAAGGGAGGAAGAGAUCAUGCAACUGAAAGCAAUUUUACUGAAAAAUCAAGCCAUGAUUGAAGAAUUGAGGGUUAAGAAUGAAGCUGUCAUUGAAGGUAUAAUGGUGCUGAAUCAAGCCAUGAUGGUGAAGAAUGAGAGGGUCACACAAGAACUGAGGAUGUUGAGAGUUUCUGUCUUAGGUUUAGUGUUGAUGUUGGUGAUAGUGUUCUUUUUGUUGCUUUAUUCAGGUUCUGUUCACUUUCUAGGCAGUUAGAGGUUGAGUAUGUUAUGGAAUGUUAUGGAGAAUGAGAAUGUAUGUAAUGUUUAUGAAUUAUGCAAUCCUCCUUGUUAUGAAUCAUGCUACCAUUUUAAUGCAAAAUGAA